AACCAUCACAUCCACACCGACGACUGUCGAUUCCACAAUUCCACGUCACGUAGCCAAAUAUAACAUUUUUACUAUAAUAUUAAUUGUACACAUCGUACAAAAAAAUCGUCGAGCUCAUAGUUUAUUUCGUCCGACGGAAAUAGUUUUUAUUCUUAUAAUACUUGUCGUGUUUUAAAUUGAAAAAAAAAAAUCAAAAACGAUGUUUUCUCACGUCACGAUUUCGUUCGUUUGCGUUUCACUGGCCGUUUUCGUUUCCUCCGCUUCCGUGCCCGCGGUCCAACAACCGCCGCAACAACAACAACAACAACGGCAAGAGGACGGAUUCGGCUCGGUCCUGUGGUCCGUGCUGGACGACUGUUUCUUCGGCGACGGCGAUGCGGCCUCACCUGCCACCGUGUGCCUCAAGUCCAAAGCGCUGACGGCGCUGGACCGGGCCCUCGGCAAGUCCGCCGUCACCCUAGCGGACGGCUUGACGUUGUCCGCCCGAGCCGGCAAGUCGCUGGCCGUCGACCCGCAGGCCGAACGGGCCGAGCGGGCCGCCCUGGACGCCGCCCCGGACGCCGACAGCAAGAGCGCCCUGUUGGACGACAUGCUGGCCAGUCGCAUGGACAGGCUCAUGUCGACCAGGACCAUCGUGAUGGACGGUGCCGGCCAAGAAGGUCGUGGCAAGAAGAAGGACAAAGCCAUGCAACAAGCCAUGAUGAUGGCCGGUAUGACGGCCGCCGCUGUAAUGGGACCGAUGGCGUUAAAAAUCAUCGCUUUAAUCGCAGCCAAGGCACUGUUGCUGAGCAAAAUCGCAUUGGUGCUGUCCGGUAUUACGGUGCUCAAGAAACUCAUGCAGCCGCAACAGGGAGGUGGUCACGAAACCGAGUCAUCGUCCCAUCAUUACGGUCGGAGUAUGCAACUCGAAGGCGUUGCUCAUCACAUGGCGUAUUCUAGCCAAAAGCAAUAAUACCGCGACCACUGCCGUGUGAUUUAAUUUAUUAUUUAUUUGUUUCGUGUAAAUGCCGAUACUAAUAAUAUUAUACUUUUUACUGUUAUUAAUUAUUUAUCGGUGUAAUAUUUUGUCUAUGCGACUAUAUUAAACUAUAGAUGGUAUUGUUUGUGCUCAAAAUUGUUAAGCAUUUAUGAACUUUUUUUCUCAUUGCCUACCGUAGAAAUAAUAAAUCUAUUUUUAGAACC